CACAUGGGCCCUUUCUCACAUGUCUUAUGGGCACCGAUCACUGUCAUGGUUCUAAUGUGACUGACUGUGGUCAUGUGGUUCUGUCUUUAAUUUGCGCUGUGUUCCUGGGAGCCACCAUGCAGGUUUUGUGCAAGAAAGUUUGGGGUAUGGUAAAUAAAUGAAGUAAAAGUUGGUUGAGUGUCUGGCCUCUGUCUACGGUGAAGGGGAGUGGCAGUCAAGGCCAGGCUGUCCCUUGUUAGGUUCCUGGUGGCAGCCAGGCUGGGUGGCCCGGCCUCUGGCAGCUACUUCUUUCCUGUCUGCCCCGAGCUCUGAGCUCUGGGUUCUCUCUUCCCUCCAAGUGAACACAGGGCUGACGAGACUCUCCUGGGGGAGAGGAGAGGCUGGGGCACCAUCCCAUGGCAUGGUCACUGCUUUCCAGGGUCUCAGCCUCCCCAUUUGUGAGCAGGGUCCUUGGACUGACCAUGUCAUUUUCCCUCCUCCCCCAGGACCCUUGCCUGUCUGCUCUGCUCCUUGACAAGCUGCCGGCGCCUGGGGCCCUGUCAUCGUGCCACCCAGAGGCCGAGCGCCGCUGUGACGCCUGUGCCACCCACCUGAACCAGCUCACGCGGGAGGCCCUGCAGCUGCUGCAGGCACCUGCCGGCCAUGAGGACCCUGACACCCCUCAUGGAGGCCCCAGCCUCACGCUGUCCAGCCCCAGCACUGUGACCAGUCCGAGGAAUGGACCGAUGGUGGCCGGCGCGGCCAGCAGGCAGCCGGGCCACAUGGGGCCGGACAGGAGGAAGGGGCUGGCCUGGCCACCCGGGCCCAGCGUCCAGGUGUCAGUGGCACCUGCUGGCCUGGGUGGGGCGCUGAGCACGGUCACCAUCCAGGCUCAGCAGUGCCUGGAGGGCAUGUGGAGCGUCUCGAGGGUCAACAGCUUCCUGCCUCCGUCGUGCUUGGCGGAAGCGGCGGUGGCCGCGGUGGCGGUGGCAGACACAGUCCGAGACGGCCCUCCCCCCGUGGGCCCUGAUGGCGUGUCCAAGAUGUGGGGUCGCAGCGGGUCCUGCGCAGCAGCCCUGGUCUCCCCGGCUGGGGGCUCCACAGGCCCGUCGGCUGCAGCCUCCUUCUUCGUCAGGGCUGCCCAGAAGCUCAGCCUGGCCUCCAAGCGCAAGAAGCCACACCCACCGCCGGCCCCCGCCUCCCGAGGCACCUCCACUUACCCCACGGACUUCAGUGGGGCCCUGCAGUUGUGCCCGCCCCCUGUGCCCCCCUGCCUGCUCAGGGCUGCCUCCAAGGCCAAGGACAACCCCAGCAGCGUCGGAAAGGUGAAGGUCAUGCUGCGGGUCUGGCCCGCCCAGGGGGCCCAGCGCUCAGCCGAGUCCACGUCCUUCCUGAAGGUGGACCCCCGGAAGAAGCAGGUGACCCUUUAUGACCCGGCUGCCGGCCCCCCGGGCAGUGCCGGCCCCCGACGGGCUGCCACCACCUCGGUCCCUAAGAUGUUUGCCUUCGACGCCGUCUUCCCCCAGGAUUCCGAGCAGGCCGAGGUCUGCUCCGGGACGGUGGCUGAUGUGCUCCAGUCAGUGGUCAGUGGGGCUGACGGUUGCAUUUUUUCCUUCGGCCACACGAGCCUCGGCAAGUCUUACACCAUGAUUGGGAAGGACAGCUCGCCCCAGAGCCUGGGUGUCGUGCCCUGCGCCAUCUCCUGGCUCUUCAGGCUCAUUGACGAGCGCAAGGAGAGGACUGGCACCCGCUUCUCAGUCCGCGUCUCGGCCGUGGAGGUGUGUGGCCGGGACCAGAGCCUGCGGGACCUGCUGGCCGAGGUGGCCUCGGGCAGCCUCCAGGACGCACAGUCUCCGGGUGUGUACCUUCGGGAGGACCCUGUCUGUGGGGCACAGCUCCAGAACCAGAGUGAGCUGCGGGCACCCACAGCCGAGAAGGCGGCCUUCUACCUGGACGCAGCCCUGGCCGCCCGUAGCACCAGCCGGGCCAGCUGCCCGGAGGACGCCCGGAGCAGCUCCCACAUGCUCUUCACUCUGCACAUCUACCAGUACCGCGUGGAGAAGUGCGGCAGGGGCGGAAUGUCCGGAGGCCGCAGCCGCCUGCACCUGAUUGACCUGGGCAGCUGUGAUGGGGCGCCCAGCAGGAGCGGGGACGCCCCUGGGGGCCACCUGAGUCUAUCGGCCUUGGGCAGUGUCAUCUUGGCCCUAGUGAGCGGAGCCAAGCAUGUGCCCUACAGGGAACACCGUCUCACCAUGCUGCUGCGGGAGGCCCUGGCCACCACCAGCUGCCACACCACCAUGAUCGCCCACGUCUCGGACGCGCCGGCCCGCCAUGCCGAGACACUCAGCACCGCGCAGCUGGCCGCCCGCGUUCACCGCCUGCGCAGGAAGAAGGUCAAGUACGCAUCCAGUUCCUCGGGCGGGGACAGCUCCUGUGAGGAAGGCCGGACCCAUCGCCCCCCGACCCUGCCACCUUUCCACCCCCGCUCCGGGGCCCUGGACUCCAACCGCCUGGCCCCCGGCUCGCCUGGCGACCCCGACUACUCAUCCAGCAGUGAGCAGUCCUGUGACACAGUCAUUUACGUGGGGCCCGGCGGGGCAGCGCUGUCAGACCGCGAGCUCACGGACAACGAGGGCCCCCCGGACUUCGUACCCAUCAUCCCUGCUCUGAGCCGCUGCCGGCCCUCCGGGGGCCCGCGGGACGCCGACCACUUCCGCUGCAGCACCUUCGCGGAGCUGCAGGAGCGGCUCGAGUGCAUUGACGGCAGCGAGGGCCCCUCCGGAGCCCUGGCCGGCCCAGCCCGCGGGGGCAGGAAGCCCUCGCUGCCCGAGGCUGCGGCCCCCAGGAUGGCCAUGGGUGCCCCACUAGCUGUCAGCACACCUCACAGCAGCCCCGGCCCAGACACCCACCGGGGCACCCCGGAGCCCUCCAGGGCCACCAGUGACCAGAGGGAGGAUGGCAGCACUAGGCCUGAGCCGCUUGGGCCGGACAGUGUCCCAGGGGGCGGAAGCAGGAGGCCACUGCCCAGCCCAGCCCCUCUGCCACCUGGGCAGCUGGAUGCUGACCGAGCCCCAGAUGAGUCCGAAGGUGGGGGUGCUGACAGCGUGGUCCGCACCCCCCCGGCGGGUAUGAGUGGGCAGGUGGGCCACCCCCGCCCGUCCGCACGGGGCCGCCUGGAGCGGGGCCUGCUGACCACCACAGUGACUCUGCAGCAGCCUGUGGAGCUGAAUGGCGAAGACGAGCUGGUGUUCACGGUGGUGGAGGAGCUGUCCCUGGGCGGGCGCCCUGCCAGCCUGGCCAGCUUCAGCAGCGACUGCUCCCUGCAGGCACUGGCCUCGGGGUCGAGGCCCGUGAGCAUCAUCAGCAGCAUCAACGAUGAGUUUGACGCCUACACUGCGCAGGCUCCUGGCUCCGUCAGCUCCUGGCUCAGCGAGGUCAGCGUCUGCACGGCCAGCAGCCUGGGCCCCGCCCCGCAGCCGCCCUCAAGGGCCAGCCCAGACCCUUUUAGCCCUGACUCACCAGCAGGGCCUGGCCCUCUGGGCCCCCCAAUCCUGGAUGGCUCUCCAGAGGACCGCAGCUUGGGGUUCUCAGAGCACGACACACAGGACAGUCCCGGCCCUGUGGCUGCAGCGGCCUUUCCCCGACCUGGCGGGGAGCCCCAGGCUGCGUCCCCACACAGGGCAGCCCCGGCACAGACCAUCCACUCCAGCCUUCCCCGGAAACCCAGAACUACCUCAACGGCCAGUCAUGCCGGCUGCCCUCGCCUGGCCCUGAGCCCGCCUGGCCAUGGAGGCCUGUUGGAGGACCCCUGGCUGCUCCAGGGAGAUGAAGGUGGCUCCCUCCAGGUGGCCUCUGCCGGAAGGACCCCCAGCCCGGCCCCAGUGCUGGCCUGUGCCCGGAGGGUGGUGGAUGGCUGUGAGCUGGCAACCAGGGUAGCCCAGAGGCCGGAGGCCGUGGCUCAGAUCCCACCGCUGCGGAGGGGGGCCACCACGCUGGGUGUGACCACGCCUGCCACAUCCUGUGGGGGUGUCUCGGCGGAGGCAGUGGCCUGCUUGGGCAGCUCGAAGGCUGCCCCCAGCAGCAAGAGGAGUGUGGCUUCCAAGGGGGUCGUGUUCCCAAGGCCCAGCGGGUCAGCACCCCCUGCCCCGCCCGUGCGCAAGUCCAGCCUGGAGCACAAGACCAGCCCCAUGCCCACCCCUCUCCCGGUGGGGGGCCUGACCCGGACUGGGGCUGCUGCCUUCUGCCGGGGGGAGGAGGAGACCAGGCCCAGCUGCCGGGCCGACCACUCGGUCUCCAGGGCCAUGUCCAGUCUGAAGGCCCGGGCCGCCAAGGUGGAGGCCGUGCACCGUCCCACCACCCAUGGGUCCCUGGAGGGACUGACGCAGGGCAGCAGCAAGGCCAGGGACACCGCCGGGAGGCCCGCUCGGGCCGUGCCCAGGCUGGGUGUGCCGCCCACCAGCCCUGCGCCCGGGCCCACUCCCGUUUGUAGGGGCAGCCCGGCCAAGGCCGUGGGAACCCCCAAGUCCCCAGCUGGUGGGGGCAAGGGCCGCAGCCUGGCCGCUAGUGGGUCAAGGGCUUUGGGUGCCUCUGCGAAGCCGCUGGCCCCCGUGGCAGGCAGGACCCCCGGUGGCCCUGUGGCAGGUCCCAGGGCAGCUCCCCGGGCAACGCCUGGCCUUGGGGCCAAAGCCAGCCGGGGCACCAUCAUGGGCACCAAGCAGGCCCUCCGGGCUGCCCACAGCCGCGUGAACGAGCUGGCUGCCAGCGGAUCCCCUGGCCGGGGCGGUCCCUGCUGGGGCUCGGCCGACUCGGACAGCGGCAACGACAGCGGUGUCCACGCGGGAGAGGAGCGGCCGCCCGCGGGCCCCGUCCUGCCCUCCCCCUACAGCAAGGUGACGGCCCCGCGGCGGCCCCAGCGCUACAGCAGCGGCCACGGCAGCGACAACAGCAGCGUGCUGAGCGGGGAGCUGCCCCCCGCCAUGGGCCGCACGGCCCUGUUCUACCACAGCGGGGGCAGCAGCGGCUACGAGAGCAUGAUGCGCGACAGCGAGGCCACGGGCAGUGCCUCCUCUGCCCCCGACUCCAUGAGCGACAGCGGGGCCGCCUCCCCGGGCUCCCGCUCCCGCAGCCUCAAGUCCCCCAAGAAGAGGGCCACGGGUCUGCAGCGGAGACGGCUGAUCCCUGCCCCACUGCCCGACGCCGCUGCCCUGGGCCGCAAACCCAGCCUGCCCGGGCAGUGGGUGGACCUGCCCCCGCCCCUGGGUGCCUCGCUGAAGGAGCCCUUCGAGAUCAAGGUGUACGAGAUCGACGACGUACAGCGCCUGCAGCGGCACCGUGCGCCCCCUCGGGAGGAGCCGGAGCCCUCCCAGGAAGUGGAGAAGGGCCUGGCGUGCAUCAGCGCGAAGCUGCGGCUGGCCGAGCGCAGGCAGCAGAGGCUGAGGGACGUGCAGGCCAAGCACGAGCUCCUUUGCGCGGAGCUGGCAGAGACGCAGGGCCGGCUGAUGGUGGAGCCCGGCCGCUGGCUGGCGCAGUUCGAGGUGGACCCUGAGCUGGAGCCCGAGUCGGUCGAGUACCUGGCAGCCCUGGAGCGAGUCACAGCUGCCCUGGAGCAGCACGUGAACCUGUGCAAGGCCCACGUCAUGAUGGUCACCUGCUUCGACAUCAGCAUCACCACCCCGGCUGCUACCCCGGGGCCGCAGGAGGUGGACGUCUGAGGCUGGGCACCGGGACUUGGGGGUGGGGACGUGUAGGGCGUGAGGCGGGACGUGGGGUGGAUGGAGGAUGUGGUGGGGGUUGGAGGGACGUGAAUGUGGAGGGCCUGGUGCAGGCCGGGGGGCUCGGAGGUGGUGGAACACGAGGGAGCGGCGUGGACGGGGCCGAGUGUGCACAGGGCUAGGGGACCGUCCCACCCAGACAGCAGUGCAAGUGCCUUUACCUGGAAAUGGAUUUCUCUUCCUUUUACGUUUGGUGCUAAGGACUCGACACCAGCAGCCGGUGUGCGUGGGCGCGGCCGUGGUCAUCGGGAGGUCCGUGGGCUGCGGCCUGGGCCCCCGGCCCUCAGGAUUCAGGGUGGUUUUUCCCUUACGGCUGUGUCCGGGCCGAGCCUGCGCUCUGUGGGGUUUCCUCUGCAGGUCGCCCCAGCAGGGGGUGGGUCCUGCUCCGAGGACACUGGAGGGCAGUACCCGGGGCCCAGCCCAAGUUCACACGGCACCUUCUUCCACGGCAGGAAUUCUUACCAAAACCACAGCAAAAAGCAAAAACCAACACACAAGAGACGGGGGAUAGGGUUUUGUACAGGUUCUGUUAGGUUCGUAUUUUUAUAUCAUUUUGCCUAUAAACGUGGUAUUUGCAGGGGGAAUUUGAAGACAGAAGAUCUAUGUUUUUAUGGUUUUCUACGGAAGGCGUCCCUCCGGCUGGGCUCGCUCUUGGGGGGUGCCCUGGGCAGGGCGGCGACCCGGGGGAGCCUGCUGGCCGGUGUGUGGCAUUCCAGUCAUGAUGGGCUGUUCUCCGGCCGUCGGGCGUUUUUCUGAGGGUGCCCACACCUUGUACAGAUGUGUAGGUUACAUCUUUCCAGGGCUUCUCUUUGUGAAUAAAAGACGUGUUGACUGUU